UCCUUUUCUUACCAAACAAGAAAGCUUGAAUUGACUGCUGGCUUCAUGUCGUUUAUUAUAGAUUGGAAUCUUCUGAAUGACGGAGUAGAGGCUGAGAGACUAAAACUGCUGGUCAAUGACCAUUUCCAAGAAGUUGCUCGACCAAGCUUUCUGGGCAAGGUAACGGUGAUGCAGCUGGACUUUGGUGAUAUCCCACCAGAAGUCACCAUCGAGGAUAUAUGCGAUCCUCUUGCUGAUUUUUACAUUCAGGAAGAUCCUGCCUUUGAAUAUGAACAUGAUCAUAUUCAGAGUCAUUCAUACAACAGUCGUCAGAAUAUAGACACUACAGCAGCUAGUGAGCAGAUUUCUGUGUCUGAUGGUAUUGGACAUCAUGGCAGUGCUAUAUACAAAGAACCGUCGCUGUCAUUUGACUCGACCAACAAUCUACGCUAUGUGCAACUUCCUCCGCAAGAUACUGAUGCGCAGCUGGAACUGAAUGUCAGAUAUCAUGGAAAUAUGCGUUUAUCUAUAUCCACUGAGCUUAUUGUCAAUCAACCCACUCCUGCAUUCAUGGUACUGCCUCUUGCACUCACGCUCACUGGCUUUUCUUUUGACGGAACGGCAGUCAUUGCCUAUCUAGGAUAUGCAAUCAAUUUUUGUUUCAAAGAGCCUCUUGAUGGAAAUAGUAUUCUGCAAGAUAUGACCAUCGAAUCGGAAAUCGGUGAUAGAAACAAGCAGGUCUUGAAAAACGUUGAAAAGAUUGAACGAUUCAUUGUGCAGCAACUAAAGAGUUUCUUCAACGAUUUCCUUGUGUUUCCCAACUUCCAUUCAAUAUAUCUUACUCAAGACGAUACCUAUACAGAGUGUUCGAGCCAGCAUAGCGGAUUUAAUCAAGCAGACACUGGGAUUUGA